UCAGGUUCCCUACCCCUGGACUAGGAUAAAGCAGUGGAAGAUCGUUGGAUUUAAUCUGAAAAUUCGUUCAGCGCGACUUAAUUAUAUUAGACAAUAAUAAUAGGUGGAUGAUAGUAUUUGUAAACAUCACGCACUAUGCACAUUGUGCAGGAUCAUUCAACUAGUAAAUGCAAAUUGUAAUUUAAUCGGAAUAUCAUAUUUACUGUAAAUUGCAAACGCUAUAAUGUUACUUUGAUAGAAUAGUUCCCGACACUAGCUUAACAUGUAACGAAACUUGACACGAAGCGGUACCGUUGUAGGGGAAGUUACAAAUAAAGUUCUAGAAUUCAAAAUUUUCUUGGACGUACUGCGCAUGUUCGUACUGAAGGGGUACACGUGUAGUGAGCAUGGCGGAGGUAGCGGGAGUUGUGGAGUUGGACAAAACUCAGGUGAAGACAGCAGUGCAGUGCCUGCUGGCAUACCUAAAGACCACGUCCCCAAAUGAGGCAACACUUCUAAAUGAAGGCCAGCGGAUCAGCCUACUGUUAACCUUCUGGAAAAUACCCAAACGGGAGCAGACAAUUCGCAUCCCACUGCCACAUAGCAUCCGUACAGACUGGGGUGAAGUUUGCCUCUUCACCAGAAACGAGCCCAACAUGACCAGCGACCAGAACGUAAGGUUCUACAAGACGCUGCUGAAGGAGAAGGGGAUCAAGGGAGUCAGUGAGGUGAUACCCUUCAAGGUGCUGGUGACGGAGUACAAGUCGUUCGAGUCCAAGCGUAAGCUGCUGAGGAACUUCGACCUCUUCCUUACGGACAACCGUAUUCGCCGCAAGCUGCCCCCCAUCAUUGGGAAGCACUUCUUUGAGAGCAAAAAGGUUCCCCUCUCUGUGAACCUGCUGUCCCAGCAGCUGGCGAAGACCAUGGAGCAGUUGAUCCAGGGCUCUACCUUCCGGGUGUCUAAGAAGGGCAGCUGCUGCAUGGUUCACGUGGCCCACUCCUUGAUGACCGCUGACCAGGUAGUGGAGAACAUCAUGGCUGCAGUGAAGACCAUCACGUCACAGCUACCCCAGAAAGGGAAGGACGUCAAGAUCAUCCACCUGAAGAGCCAGACCUCGGCCGCACUGCCUGUUUACACGUCGGACUUGAGUCACCUGUCCCUGCUGGAGGAGGCGAGGCAGGCCGCCUCGCUUAAGAAGGGGGCAGACAAGAGUAAGAAAAUGGGGAAAGCUGUCAAGAGGAAGGAUACUGCAGCUACACAGCAGGAAUCUCUUGGGGAGGAAGAGGAAAUUCCCCAACUUGUUCCGAUUGAGUUGCCGAAUAAGAAGGCCAGACUGCAGGUUGCUCAAGAUAUGGGACCAGAAAAGGUAACAGGAAAGAUGAGAGAGGGGUCAGAGACCCCAGAGGAGGAGCCGCAUCGUAAGGGCCUGAAGCUGACGACGCCUAGCAAGACUAGGGCUGCUACUGGCACCAAAAAACUGGUCAAAUCUGCCAAGAAGUGCUCAAAGACCCCUGAGAAGAGCCUGAGGAGGCGGGUGCCCCAGUCGUGUUAAAACUAGUUCACGGCUCACCUUCCGUCAGGAGAAAGCAAUCUUACCGGAUCCCUGAAUGAAUGUCAUCCGCUUGAGCCUGGCUCUGCCUGUACUGGUCUUUAAGAAACGGCCAGCUUGCUUCUGAACUUUGGCAGCAUUUUAUUUAUACUCGGUGAAUUUUAAAUGUACUUUGAUUACAUUGCAAAAUGUUUGCAUCACUCUCUCUGGCAAAGUAAUUACAUUGGAAGUCGUCCUUUGAUUGUAGUGCAUGGUGACCCGGAGGAGUGAAACCCUAAUGCUUUCACAUCUGUUGGUUUGGCUUCGUUCUGUAACCCACAUGUGAGUUGUGAAAUGUUCCUGUCAUGUACAUCUUAAAAAAAAUGCUUCAUUUGCCAUAGUAUAGAUGCAGGAAUGCUCUGGUCACUGAUGUGUGAAUAUUAUACAAAAAAUACCGAUGAUGCCCUCACAUCACCAAUAAAGUCCCCCCGCCCGUGUGUAUCCUGUUUAUAA